AUGCAUUCGUUUUUUGCUGUAAGUAAGAAAAGACGGGCUGCGUUUUUUUUUUCUGAUCUAGUUCCUUCCAUUUUCUCCAGGUAUCUUCUGUCAGGUUGCUUUCUCAACAGCCUUUUGUUUUUACUUUUUGCAGAUCUGUUUCUGUCGCUCAGCUUGCCUGCUUUGGCAUCUGCAUGUGGCGCCACUUACUUUUUCUGGAUCAGAUUUGGCACCUUCAAGUUUUGCUUUUUGUCGUAUGAUACAUUUUUGACCUUUCGCACGCUCCAGUGCACGAUAUCGAUAUCCUUGGUUUCACUUUCUUUGAGAAACCAAAGGGCAACUACGUUGCAUAGAAUGUCACCGCGCGCCGAAUUGGCCUCGACGGUCGUAGCGCGACCAGCAGAGAGCUAG